AUAACUUUUCAAAAACAAAAACAAACAACAAACCACUGUAAAUGUUAGUAAUAAAUGUAUACAUUCUACUUCUCUGCUAAAAUGUUUUAAAUUGAUUAUACAUCUGAAUAUCCAAAACGUAAAAUGAAAUUCUGUAAAAAUAGUUUACAUUCAUAUGAAAGUAACAUAUGAAAUUUAAAACAAUACUAACGGGACUUUCCUUUAUGUCCACGUCUGCAUAUGAAAAAAUUGUUUAAUAUCUGCAUGAUUUUAAAAUUCCAAUAAUAAAAUGGCACAGAAAAUAGCUGACAAAGAAUCAAAGAACUGGUGGUUUAUAUUUGGAAUUGUUUGUGUAUUAACAAUUGCUACAAGAUUUUAUAAAAUUAAUGAACCUGACCAUGUUUGUUGGGAUGAGACACAUUUUGGUAAAAUGGGAAGCUGGUAUAUCAACAGAACCUUUUUCUUCGAUGUGCAUCCACCAUUAGGGAAGAUGCUUAUAGGUCUUUCUGGAUAUUUGACAGGAUACGAUGGAAAAUUUGCUUUCGAUAAACCUGGUGAUAAAUAUGAAAAUACGUCAUAUCUGGGAAUGAGGAUGUUUUGCAGUGCUCUUGGAUCAACCAUUGUACCAAUGGCUUUCAUAGCAGUAGAUGAAAUGACUGAUAACAUAUCUGCAGCAUUGUUUUCAUCGUUAUUAAUUUUGUUUGAUGUUGGACUUAUUACUCUUUCUCAGUAUAUCCUUUUGGAUCCACUCCUUUUAUGUUUUAUGAUGGGCAGCUUUAUGGGUGCUGUUAAAGUAUCAUCACAAAAAACUAAAGAAUUUUCUAUAAAAUGGUGGUUUUGGUUAACUUUUACUGGAAUUAUGUUAGCCUGUUGUAUAGCUGUGAAAUUUGUAGGGUUAUUUGUAGUGUUACUAGUGGGAUUAAUGACAGUAUCAGACCUCUGGAGAAUAUUGGGAGAUAUGGCUAAACCCGUGAGCCAUACUUUAAAAAACCUACUUGCGAGAGCCCUAUGUUUGAUUGUACUUCCGAUUAUCCUCUACAUCACAUUUUUCUACAUUCACUUACGAGUUUUGAAUAGAAGUGGUAAUGGAGAUGGGUUUUACAGUUCUGCCUUUCAAUCACAACUCAUUGGCAAUAGUUUGCAUAAUGCUAGUAUGCCUCAUCAAGUAGCUUAUGGUGCAAUUAUUACUCUUAAAAAUCAUCGGACUGGAGGAGGUUACCUUCACUCACAUUUUCAUUUAUACCCGGAAGGAGUUGGAGCUCGACAACAACAGAUUACUACCUAUACUCACAAAGAUGAUAACAACAAAUGGAUCAUAAAAAAAUUUAACUCUGAAACAGCUGAUGGAAUUGAAAUAAUAAAAAACGGAGAUUUAGUUCGUUUAGAACACAUUCCAACAAAACGCAAUCUACAUUCACAUAAGGAGCAGGCACCUAUUACAAAAAAACAUUUUCAGGUGACAGGUUAUGGUGAGAAUGGAACUGGUGAUGCUAACGACGUCUGGAGAAUUACUAUCACAGGAGCUAAAAUUGGAGCAGAAGUUACAGCUGUCACUAGUAAAUUAAAAUUUGUGCACUACUUGCAAUCGUGUAUUUUAACCACUAGUGGAAAACAACUUCCAAAAUGGGGUUACGAACAGCAGGAAGUCACUUGCAAUCCCAAUUUAAGAGACCAAAAUGGAUUAUGGAACGUUGAGGAAAACAUCUUCGAAAAGUUGCCCAACGUAAGUUUUGAAGUAUACGCCCCAAGAUUCCUUGAAAGAUUUCUUGAGUCACACGCUGUGAUGUUCCAAGGAAAUGCCGGCUUAAAACCAAAAGAAGGGGAAAUAACAUCUCGUCCAUGGCAAUGGCCGAUAAAUUAUAGAGGCCAAUUUUUUUCUGGAACGCAAUAUAGAAUCUAUCUUUUAGGAAAUCCUGUAAUAUGGUGGGGGAAUUUAAUAUUUAUUGCAGUAUUUGUGAUAGUGUUUGGACUAAAUGGUAUUAAAUUAAAAAGAGGUUACAUCAAACCUUCCGAUGAUUCCCAUAAAAAGAAAUUAGUAGCUUGUUCGUGGCUGUUCAUAGGAUGGAUGUUGCACUAUAUACCAUUUUGGGCUAUGGGUCGGGUCCUGUACUUUCAUCAUUAUUUCCCUGCUCUUUUAUUUAGCUCAAUGAUCACAGGUAUACUAAUUGCUUAUCUACUAGAAGAAAUUCCAAGCUAUUUUUCAAUAUCAUCUGCAAAAAUUAUUUAUCAAAUACUUCUGGGAGUUAUCUUGUCAACAGCUACUUACAGUUUCUAUCUGUUUGCUCCUCUUGCCUAUGGUAUGGUUGGUCCGUCAUCAAAUGAACCAAACUCUACCAUGGCUGGACUAAGAUGGAUGGAGAGUUGGGAGUUUUAAAAAAUAAAUUAGUUUACUUAGUAUAAAAGACGAUAUUUAAAACAAUAAAUGAAACAAAGUUAGUUUUGUAAAUUUAGGACGUUUAUAAAUGUUUAUCUUAUUCUUUGAUAGAACAAAGUUGAAUCUCCUUUU